CCAAGAUGGCGGAGGUGAGCGGGGUGAGGAGCAGAAAUCACUUCGAGCCAAAAUGCGAAAACCGAGUCCCCGACGAAGGCUUGAGUGGAGUAGAGGAAGUCCCUAUUGUUCGUAGACGUAACCAGAGGCCUCCACUAGCCAGUUCUGAAGACCUGGAUGAUGUAUUGUUUCCCAGGACCAUGGCCUCAAACUCGGGUACAGGUGCCAAGCUCAACCCCUCACAAGAUGAAAUGAUUCAAGAUGAAGAGCCGACAGUAGAGGAAGAAAAGGCCAAGCCUAUCCAGAUCGUCCUGGCCAACGAGGAUGAGCACAGCUUUGAGCUGGACGCCGCAGCGCUGGAGAAGAUCCUGCUGCAGGAUCACGUGAAGGACCUGAAUGUGGUGGUGGUGUCUGUGGCCGGGGCCUUCCGCAAAGGCAAAUCCUUCCUGCUGGACUUCAUGCUGCGCUACAUGCACAAUCAGCGGACUGACUUCUGGAUAGGAGGUGAUGAUGAGCCCCUGACAGGGUUCACCUGGAGAGGAGGCUGCGAGAGGGAGACCACAGGAAUCCAGGUCUGGAGUGAUGUCUUUGUGGUCGACAAGCCCGACGGCAGCAAGGUUGCUGUUCUCCUUGUUGACACCCAGGGAGCGUUUGACAGCCAGUCCACCAUCAAGGAUUGUGCUACUGUGUUUGCUCUGAGCACAAUGACCAGCUCUGUGCAGGUGUACAAUCUCUCCCAGAACAUCCAGGAAGACGAUCUGCAGCAUCUGCAGCUUUUCACAGAGUAUGGCCGACUCGCAAUGGAAGAAAUCUACCUUAAACCUUUCCAGUCCCUGAUGUUCCUGAUUCGGGACUGGAGUUAUCCUUAUGAACACAACUACGGCCUUGAAGGGGGAAACUCCUUCCUGGACAAAAGACUACAGGUGAAACAGAACCAACAUGAAGAGUUGCAGAACGUAAGGAAGCACAUCCACUCCUGCUUCUCCAACAUCGGCUGCUUUCUGCUGCCACAUCCUGGGCUCAAGGUGGCGACUAACCCGCACUUUGACGGCAGGCUUAAAGACAUCGAUGAAGAUUUUAAAAAGGAGUUAGCCAGGCUGGUGCCUCUCCUGCUUGCCCCAGAGCGACUGGUGGAGAAGGAGAUCGGAGGCAACAAAGUCACCUGCAGAGAUCUCCUGGAGUACUUCAAGGCUUACAUAAAGAUCUACCAAGGCGAGGAACUGCCGCACCCAAAGUCCAUGCUGCAGGCGACAGCAGAAGCAAACAACCUGACAGCUGUGGCAGGAGCCAAAGAUUUGUACAGCAAGAACAUGGAGACGAUCUGUGGAGGGGACAAGCCAUACAUCGCUCCAGGCGACCUCGAGCGCUGCCACGAGGAGUUUCGUGAGCACUCAGUGCGUUAUUUCCGCUCUGUGAAGAAAAUGGGCGGCGACGAGUUCUGCCAGCGCUACCAGAACCAGCUGGAGACUGAGCUGGAUGAGACCUACACCAACUUCUCAAAGCACAACGACGGGAAGAACAUCUUCUACGCAGCUCGAACACCUGCCACGCUCUUUGCGGUCAUGUUUGUGACCUACGUGGUGUCUGGGGUGACGGGAUUCAUCGGCCUGAGCACCUUAGCGGUGCUAGCUAACAUGGUCAUGGGUGUGGCGCUGCUGGCACUGUGCGCCUGGGCAUAUGUGAAGUAUUCUGGAGAGUUUCGAGAGGUGGGAGCGUUGAUAGAUCUGGUGGCUGAGACACUCUGGGAACAGGUUUUGAAGCCACUAACUGAACAAUAUAUGGAAGACAACGUCAGACAGACGGUGGUUAACUCGCUCAAAGCCAGCUUGACAGAACAGGGUUCGCAUCACACCAAGUUAAAGACUCACUGACGCUCUUCCUCCUCCUCUUCCUUCAUGUCCCCGUCAUGUUCAUCACGCUCCUGCCCACUCGCUCAAUGUGUUCAAUCCUAGGACUGUGGAACUAGUUCAACACCAAAGCUGACCUUCUUUUACUUCCACCCUGAACGCCCCUCAUCAUCACAUCACAUGCUGCCCACCUCCUCCUCCUUCUCUGUGAUCUGUAGUGGACCUGUUGGCUCGCUGUCCGCCCUGCUCUUCAUUGCCCCCCCCCCCCCCCCCAGUGCCUCAGAGCAGAAACUGCACAUUCUCCAGAAGAGGAUCGAGCAGAGAAGCCGGCGUCGCCUCUUGCCAAAACAGCAUCUUUGAAGGACUGUUAUCUUCUCCAGUGUGCCAUGCUGCCAUAGAUGCAUCGUGUGUUGUAAUGCAUACUGUAGGCUCUCACACACACACACACACACACACACACACACACACACACACACACACACACACACCAACACCAACAAGAGUACUUUUGAUAUCUGACAUCCAGUUGACUGCACUCGCUUCAGACUUGAGCUGUAAUUCAGGGAAAACUGACACCGCCGAGGGCAGCUGUUUUUCAAACUGAAACACUUUGUGUGCAUUUAAUCAUCCCAUCUACGAGCGCUUGGUUUACUUUCUCUUCACUUUAUUAUCGUUUCCUUUAAGCACAAGCGACUAAUUGACUCAGAAAACUAAUAAUGAGGUGAUUAUGUUCUGAGUCUUUUGGUUUGUUUUUCUUGUUUGUUUGUUUUUUUAUUUCAGUAAAAUCAGGAAACAGAUUUUAUUGAUGAAACUUGAAGUGAAGGUAAAUUGAUCGCUGCUGUCACGGACCAGCUGGAAAGGCGAUUUUUUUUUUUAACUACCUAAACUGCACACCUGUGUCCCGGUGGGCUGAUCGAUCUCCAUCUUCAAAAUCUGAACUGACGAGUGCAGUUUUUCUCUUCUGACAUAUACAUAGUAGUUCACCUGUCUGCCUCCAUUUCUUCACUCAUUCAGUCAUUUACACUAAAUUUGGAAGAGGUGUUAACCAGGUAACAUCUGUAUACUCAAAAUCUGGGCUCAGGUUGCUUCUAGACGAGACCUUGGUCUGUCUGUCCGUCUUGUCUCCCUUUAAUAUUUUGUGAUUCUGAAGAGAAUUGUAAGGAGCCUCUUAGCUGAUUUUUUUCUUUUUCUUUUUUUGGGGUCUGUUUUUAUUUUAGAACUGACAUGUUUUAUCUGGCCUUCAGCGUCUCGUAACGGACAUGCCAGUGUUUGGCCCUCUGCAUGGUGUUAAUAGCUACUGCGUUGUAGCAUUAAGCUAGCUAAGAGCUUGUAGAUGCCAGCUGUAGUCAGGUAACCAGAGAGGAUCAUCAUCUUGAACCAUUUUUUCUCUCUUUCAUCGCCUUUUUCAUUAAAGCUGCACUAGUCCUGCGUUUUUCCAGGCAUCUUUAGGACCUACAGGCUGUAAGUUUGAUUCUCGCUUCUAGGAGCUCUCAGACUCAUUCAGUUUUCUGAUCCGACUGUAAACAAACAAAUUGUUGCUUCAACUUGAUUUUUUUUUUUUUUUUUUUAAUCAAACUUGUAAUUUCCAAUCAAAGGAAUUGUUUGACAUGGGAACAUGCACUUAUUUGCUUUCUUGUCAAGAAUGAAAUAAAAGGAUGCCACUCUUUGGUUUAGCUUAGCAAAAGAACUGGAAGCAGAUGGAAACAGCUAGGCCUGCUCUGUGCAAAGUUAAAAAUGUUCAUCAGUAACUCUAAAGCUCACUCUUUAACAGUUUUUAAUCUUGUGUGUUAAACCGUCAAUUUGUGUUGUUGUUGGGGUUUUGUGUUGUAACUUUUCCUUCCACAAAUUGUUGUUUUCACAUUUAAAGAAUUAAAUAAAUUAAAUAUAAUUAAUCAGUGAGAUUUAGAGGUGUGGCUUAGGAAGAUUUUUGAGACUUUGGACAGAGGUAGGCUAGCUGAUUCCCCUUGUUUCCAGUCUUUAUACUAAGCUGCUAGCUGAGAGAUGUGAGUUAUCAUUUUUCCAUUCUGAGCAAGAAAGUUUUAAUCUUCCUAAAAAUAUCAAAAUAUUUAUUGAACUGACGAAUGAUUCAGUCUUUAUUAACCCUCUUGUUUUCUUCUUCUCCUGACUAAAUCAGUGUCACUUGACUGCUGAUCAUCUUUUCAGUAAAACAGAUGUCAGUCAAGUCAAGUGACAAGGCGCCAUUUAUGUCAGGUUGUUAAAAUGAUUUCUCCGCAGUAAGAAGCAGAUUUAACGUUUUAGUUCAGUCUAACAGCUGCAUCACUUCUGUCUGAGCUCUUCUGCAUCAAUUCCAUCCACAUUAUUUCUCACCUCAAGCGCCAGUCUCGUACUGUACAGUCUCUCUUCUUCUUCUUCUGUGUUCACAUUACAAAUCGGGCAUGUAUGUUGAAUUAAAUAUUUAAAUAAACUUUGUAUACAUUUUAUAGUGAAUCAGAUGACAAUGGCUGUUUUUUUUCCUUCUUUUGAUCAACUUAACAGUCUGUGGUUUGUUAAAGAAAGAUAAGUUGCUGCUGUAGGUUUACAUUAGUUUUCUCCUGUUUGUGAGAAUGUUCAUAGAAACACGGUGUGAAUACUCGGAUUCUGAUAGGAAAAUCUUUGUGUCGAGUGGGUCGGAGACAAAUGUCUUGUCUGCCUUUUAAAGAUAUCUCUGGUAAUUUAUUUUUGAAUAAAAUGUUUACCUUAAGAAUAAAUCAUCCAUACAAUUA